AUGAAAUUCGGGACUGCUGCUGCGGCAAAUUCAGUUAUUUUCGAUGCAUUUUAUAUGGGAGUGCACGAGUUUCGUUCACUAACAGAAAAAGAUAAUUUCAUAACAAAUUUUACAGUUCUGCAAGAAGCUAUGCAUAAGAGCUUCGAUAUGACAGAUUCAAGUUCAAAAGAAAUCAUUUUUUCACAAUUAAAUACAAUUAUUGAUAUCACUCUCGCAUUCUCAAUUGGGCUUGCCUUACUUUAUUUCCUUUACUAUUUGCCUUUUAUGAAAGCUCAGUUGAGGUAUUUAGAAAAAGCAAGUAUUUUACCGAAGAUGAUUCCUGAAAAUAGAAAUCAAAAUUUCUAG